GGAACCUUUCUGCAUCCCAUCAUACAUUGUGCACUAAAAGACCACCUCAGUCUGUUAAGUACCAAACAGACGCCCGUGGCAAUCGCAAUGUGUAUUUAUGUAUGAAACGUAGAGCAUGGAUGCCGAAUUCAUGCCACGCACCCGUCCAUACCACAGUUUGCCCCCCGAUGAGAAGAUAAUCGUGCACACAAUUCUUGGCUCAGUGCAGUUGCCGGUAGCACUGCAGUAAUGACCGUAUCCGCCACGACGGGAGAUGGGGAUGGUGUGGGAAAUCCCGAAGACGAUGCCUCUUCCUCGCACAGCGAUUCCAGUGCUUCCGACAGGGAACCCAUCGAGUGGCCAGAUGAGCUGCGAGCGCUUCCUCUCAUGCGGGUAAGAUCUUGAAGUUGAAAGGAAGAGGAUGUUCUGUUUGGCGUUUGUUACAGCUCUUGCGAGGAUAGAAGCUACUCAGUUUCAUCUUUUGCUCCCACGCUCAACUACAACCUGAAAGAUGAAGAUGAACGACACAGUAUUGGAAAUUCGAGUAUUCCGUAGUUUUCCUUUGCAAAUAAAACACGCAUUAACAUUGCCAAAUUAGGUCCACGAAAAACCCUUGGUUGCGCGUUCGGCGAUGCCUCUGCCGGCCCCUCCCCUGCGGAAAAACGAUCUGCCGGAAUGGGAGCUCGAUCCUAGUCUGGUGGUUCCUAUGUGCGAAGAGAUCAGCAAGGACAGCGGGCACAGCCAAUUCGUGGAUCGCGUCAAGGAGCUCGUUGGGGGUACAACUUCAGCCGGCACUGGUGCCAUCGGUUCUGGGCCGUCUCUCGGCGGGUCGCACCUGCUCCACGUCAACAACUCGGCUUCGUCGCCCAAACUCCCCGCUCGCGGCGCGACGUCACCGCGCCCAAGAUCUCCGCUCGGAGGCGGGGCCCGCAGCUCGGUAGGUGGCGACCACCAGCACGAUUCGCUCGCAGCGAUCCUGAGUGGCAGUCGGAGCAGUAGCAGCAGCGCAUUGUCGUCCGCAACCGUCGCCGCGGUCGUAGCACCGGCGUCGUCCUACAUACUUUCGGGCAAUGGGACAACGAUACCCGCAGCGAAGGACUACCAAGUAGAGAAACACAUCACUUCCGGAGCUGGGAAUAAAGACCAUAAUUCGUCGUCCGCGCACGACAAGGACCCGCCCCUGGCGCACUUGGCGGAACCACCGCUACAGCAGGGCGUCAUUGUGUACAUGCGCCCCGGCAGUCAGAAGGAGAUGGUGCCAAACCGCUACGUGGACUUGAUUCAGCUCACUCAAGGCCCGGAAUUCGAGGACGUGUGCCCGCCACUGCUGGAGUCCUACUCGAGCGCUGGCCAGAAAACCAUGAUGGAAGCCAAUCUAGCCUUUGGCGGGGUCAACACGCUGGAACGCUCGAAGCCGCAGAGCAUGGUGACUCUGGUGGACAAGUCCGCAGACAUCAUCGUGCCGGAAUACGCGUACAAUGGUUCGUCUUCCACUUCCUCGUCCUCCAGCAGUGCCGGGGAGCGUGCCGAUGUCCCAGAAGCAACCGCAAGGUCAAAGCUUUCGGUGGUGAACCAAAUGGCGACGACGUCAUCCUCUUCGGAUAGCGACGGCCGGAGAAUAUUAAAUCAGGCUGCGCUGUCUUCCGGAAGCGACAUCGAUGCGGCGAUGUUGACGGAUCAAGUGACGUUCAAAAAUGCGAACGGAGUUGUGCCAGUGCCGGCCGCAGAUCAUGGCACCGACUUGGCGACCUCCGGCAUCGAGCCGCCACCGAGCUCGCCACGGCAGCGCAAGGUGCGCUUGUCAAGUGCAGACAUCUACGUGGAGCAGCCCCCGGCGGUGAAGACCACGACCGCUGCAGGGGGGGCCGCGGCGGUCACCGCGGAGGUCGUAGCGCCAUCUCCCGACCGUGCGAACAAGUACCAUGAGCACCUGAACAAAAGCAGCGAACGCCGCCGGCGAAUGUCGGCGACGGACAUUGAGCACUUGUUGGCGUUCGACAGUCACUUCGAGUCCGGGAAUCUCGCAGCCGCGUUCUUGGUUUUGCCCAGGAAGGACGCAAGAGUCGUGUACGGUAAAGACGAAAUCGGUUCGACGUUUAAAACCAUUCCGCGGUACGAGCUAGUUCUGGACGAGGACACAAACUCCAACGGCAACACGCAGUGGUACUACUUUGCGGUGCGAAAUGCGCUCAAGGGCGAAACGGUAGACUUCUCGAUCGUCAAUCUCGGGAAAGCGCAGUCCCUUUACCACUGCGGUUUGAAGCCGCUCUGCUACUCUCAAAAAGCGGCGGAACUGAACAAGAGAAACAAGGAGCGCGAAAAAACAAGAAAGGGCGUGUCGGUUUUGUCCCCUUCGAAGGGGGGCGGCGGGAGUAGUAGCUCCUCCUCCACCGCGGGCGGAGGCAGAGCAGGGGGGUGGCACCGGAACUUUCGGAAAUCCAGUGGCGGACAGCUGUGGGGCACCGCGCUGACGCACGCUUUUGACCGAAUGCAGGCUGCCAGAGUCGCUAACAAGAACGCCGCGUUGCGCAACGGGCCAACCGUGGUGGUGGCUGGCGACCCGGAGGAAGUCAGCAAGAGCAUCUCGGACAUUCCCGCCGCCGCGACCACGUACCCGCUCGCGGGGUGGCGCCGCUGCGGAACCAACAUCAGUUACGACUGCGCGCAGCUCACGAAACGGCAGCUGCGGCACAAGCUUGCCGGCCUGCGGGUCGGAGAUUUUAUCGGCGCGGACGUGUUAUCCGACGACACGCUGUGGAAAUACAGUACGCCGGAAAGCAACUUCGAAACCGGCAGCGCCUUCCUGUACCACAAGAUCGCGCACAGCAACAGCGACAGCGACGUGAACAAUGGCGGUAACGCAAGUGACGCCUCGCGGGAGUCUGGCACCGACGGCCGAAUGUUGCAUCGCUUGAAUUUUCGCUACACUUUUGAGCACGAUAAUGAUGUCGUCUACUUUGCCUACACCUACCCCUACACGUUCAGCCGGCUGAAUCGGGUGUUAGAAAACCUGAACAAGGAAUUUUCCUACACGACCAUGCUCUGCAAAACCCUCGCUCAAAACUGGGUGGACAUCGUCACCGUCACGGACCGGAGCAAGGCGUCCAAGUACCGACCGCAAAUGAAUAUGUCUGGGUGUGGAAACUACUCAAACUUGCGAUGAUUAGUUGCAGAAUCACGGUCAUGGUCCAGCGUUGCCGGCCAAGCAAGUUUUCCAGUUUCUAUGUGUUGUCUAUUCUUCAGCACGGACUGCGUUUCUGUAUGACAGUAAAUAAGAGGAUGCUCCAGCAUGAGAAACUUUGAACUUAUUCUUGCAGACCCAGGUAUAUUUGCACUGCAUACCACGGGCAAGGCGAUCAUCUUCGUCACUGCGCGGGUGCACCCAGGGGAGACUCCGGCGUCCUACAUCAUGGAGGGAUUUCUCAAGUUUCUCACACAUCCCACGGUACUCUUACCUCCGCGGACUCGUUUGUGUUUUCGUGCAGAUUUUUUCGAUGUAGUUUGCAUUGGUCAUGGACUUGAACAAGCGUGCGCAUGUUGAUGUUCAGGAAACCUGGAUCAAACUACGGCUCAGUCGUAUUAAUCAAGUACUUGCGUAGAGAAAGCAAGUCACAAAAGUCUCGAUGCCGGUAAAACAAUUGGAAUGGCAUUGCAUUCCCUUUCCCCCAAUAAUACAGGACGUCCGCGCGAUUGAGUUGCGAAAGAAUUUCAUUUUCAAGUGCGUUCCGAUGCUUAACCCGGAUGGGGUGGUCUGCGGGAACUACCGUACGUCGCUCGUCGGUUGCGACCUGAACCGGCGGUGGCGGCAGGAGUCAAAGGCUUUGCACCCGACCAUUUUUCAUACGAAGCGGUUGAUCCGCCGCCUCUGCGGUUUGGGGCAGGUCGCGUGCUUCGUGGAUUUGCACGGACACAGUCGGAAGUUCAACUGGUUCACGUAUGGCUGCACCACCGCGGAAAUGGGCAGCGGCACCAACCGCGAUCCGCGGUUGCUGCCCUUUUCCAUCAGGAAAAUCUCCAACACCUUCUCGCUCGCGUGCUCCAACUUCGCGAUGCCUGCCUACAAGGACCAAACGGCGCGGGUCGCCGUGGCUACGGAACUCGACGUGCUGAGCUACACGGUGGAAGCCAGUCUGGGCGGCGGCAUGCGGAGGCCACCCCCGGGGGAGCCGGACUUCGCGCGGCAAAAUGUACACUUUACCGUAGCCGACUACAUCAGAAUGGGGGUGGAAUUGGCGUUGAAUUUCCUGACCAGAAUCCCAAAACGCGCACCAAAACGGCCGGGGCAAACUUCGUCGAGUCAGAGCGAGGCGGAAGUGGUCUCGAAGCAGGGCGAAAAAUCCGAUGGUGCGGUGUUGGGAAAGCUGAAGAAAGUGCAGAAAACUUCUUCUUCUGGUGGCCCAUCUGCGGGAGCAACGGAGCGGGAGCAGCGAGGUGGACAUCAAACAGAGAAAACUGAGAUGAACACUAAGCCCAAAACUUCUGACAACGCCUUAGUUGCCACGAAACUUGAUGCGUUGCAGCAAGUUGACUCAACAUCUAGUGCCGCAAAGGCGUGCAGCAGUUCUGUCGCGGAAGACUCAUCUGCAAGUAUGCAGAGUGAUAAGAAGUUAUCCGAUGAAGGAGCCACAGCUGAUAAAAAUGAGACUCAACAUCCGGACCUAGCAGCAGGGCAAGACGUCUCACUCCUGAAUAAGUCUUCGAGCAAGCAAACCAACGCGAGUUCGCAGGGCGAGGAGAUCGACUUUGAUUUCGCUGGGUUUCAGGCCGAUUUGGUGAAGCACGGGCACGAUUCGGAGUCCGACCCGGAACUCCGGUCGGACCACGAAGAAGAGACGGAGUACCUCAAGCGCAACCUGCCAGCGGAGGGGGAAGUCGAAACGCUGAAGCUAAAGGAGAAGAAAAAAAAGAAGCGACGGAGCAAGCGCCCGGCAACGCCGCACGUGAAGUCGCGAUAUCUGCUCGGUGUGCACGGCGGCCCGCUCGUUGCCUCGUCCUCGCACACGACUGUGAAAGCAGGCGCGGCCGCCGCGAUUACCCCCGCGAAAGAAAGUAGCGCAGCUACUCCUGGUGGGAAGGAUCUGACCAGACCGCAGACGUUGAGCAGCGUUUCUGACGUUGGACCCGCAAGUGACGGCGCGAAGCAGAUGGAGCGCAGUGGCUCCGCCGGUACGCUGGAAAAUAACCGGGACUUGGUAAACUCAAUAUUGCGACCCCGAUCCAGAACGACGUCGGACCACUUGUUUAUGGGUCACAAAAAAGCAGCAGAGGAGGAGGAGAUGCCUUCGGGCAGCAAGCCAGGAGAUCCUCUGGAGCCGGCGACGAACGCCAAGGCACUAGCCGACGACACGACCGCCGCUGAAGUCCAGGCUGCUGCCACUGCUGCUAGGCCUUCCGGGGAGCAAAAUACGCUCCAGACUGGGGCAGCGGCGACGGAAGAUCUAGAGAGAACUAGUAUGCUUUUGGAUCACGACAGGUCGCUGAAUGACGACGAACUGACGAGAACCCUGGACCUGGCAGACAGCAAGGAACAACCGCUGACGUACUUCGCCGAAAAAACAGACAACGAGGACGAGCUUGUCGCGACGACCGUACACACACCAGAGCAGAGCGUCGCGUUAGGGGACGACCAACUGGCGGCGCGAGCGGCAAAAGACCUCGACGACGUUGUGGCAAGCAAAAACUCCACCACGCUUUCUGGCGGAGACUCCGCACAACUGAACCCCGGCGACUCGCAAACCGUCCCGAUCCGCAAGUUCGAGCACAAACUGCAGGGCACGCCCUCGCAAAAGUGCUUCCCGAGUCGAAAAGUGCGCGGCAAUGGUACCACCAAAGGGAACAAUCCGCCGGCCUCGCCCGCAAUUUGGUCGUCAUCGCGUGCAAUUUCAGACCACGAUAGUAGAAGGCCGUCGACAACACCCUCCCGGAGCCGCGCCGCGUCCGGCGGAUCCAUCGCGCAGAUGGUCGGCACCACGCCAAACAAAAACAGCGGGGAGUAUCAACCCAGUGGGGCGUUAGAGGUAAGCGGGGAGAACGCGGCCAAUGGGGCUAGGUUUUUCGCGCGCGGAGAACUGCCCAGUUCGUGGACGAAACUCCCAAUGGGGGAAUUGUUUGGUGAUGACAGAGACACGUCGACCAGGGCCGGUAGCAGCUGCAGCUCUUCCUGUGCGGAGGAAGACGAUCAGCAGGGCUUCACGGGGGAAGAGCUUCGCUUGCACCCCCUCGUCGCUGGCCGGCAGCCCAUUGGAAGCGGCAUCAUCGCAGCUGCGCAAUCCAAAUUAACCGGGAGAGACAGACGGGGGUUGCCGCCUUCCGGUGUGAACAGCAAGACGGGAACAUCCAAGCCGAAGACGACGCACAUUCGCCCCUUUGCGCAAGCAGAUUUUGCCGAGCACGUGAAAAAAAGAGGUUUGCUGAACUCCGCUGGCGUGCCACCGUUGAUGGUGAAGCAGGCCCGAAGCGCCGGCUUGUACCAGAACCGACCGCAAACAGCAGCGGGAGACGGCGGAGACAGCCUCUCUAGCAGUUUGAAGGACGUGGCGCACGUAGUUGGAAGCAGCGCCGCCCGACCGCGGUCCCGGCCCUCGAGUGGGCGACCUGCCGCACGCACGGGAGGCGCCAGCUCGACGUCACGACCGUCCAGUGCGCAGCGGUCCAGGCCAACCUCGCGGCCGUCCAGUGCGCAGUCACACAGGAGCAAUCCACUGCAAAUCGAUCUGUCCUCCACACAGGAAGAUGUUGUCGACGAGUUCAUCGCUCGUGGUCCACAGCACGGGAGUGCACAGGCAGCACAAGUGCCCGAACUAGUACACCAGCAGCAGCAGGCGCAGCCCCCUCCGCGCCGGCGGCAGCUAAUCGAUGUGGAUCAUAAUUCCGGGCUCGAAGAUCCAAACACGACCAGCAUGGAGUUCAUGGAGCGUGGCAGCAGUUUUGGUGGCGACCUGACUGCCGACGAGAAUGACCGCCAGGAGUCACUGAGCGGGUCGCUGAAGAGUGUCGGAACAAUGCGUUCCAACUUCACAUCGAGUUCGGCCGCGUCCGAAGUGUCUAAGGUGUUGAAGCAGUCCUUCAAGCCCAAGACUUCCUACGUAGGCUUUACAAAACCAGCAGCGCCGCUGCAGAUUCCGAGACAGAAGGAGACGGGUCCAGUUCAUGCACAAGCCCGAAGCGGCGGAAGCAAGUCUUCGAAAACGGGCUCGACCGCAAGCUCGUCUUCGGGAGGUGGGAACAAAAGCGCCAGGCCGGGAAACCGUGCCCCGCACAACUCGCCGCUCGUGACGCAGUACGCAGGCGGGUGUUUGCAUCCAGUUGUUCGCAAUGUUCGGGCACCAGCGACUACGCCUUGCAAGAGCUCAGCGAAUGUCACGCCACUCCGGGAGGAAUAUCUGCCUCCGGACCUCGCAAGUGCUCCAAAGCAGGCCCAAGUACUGUCCUCUGACGUGAGAGAUGACGAGUUCCAGCAGCCUGGCCUUGGUUUUGACGCAGGUUCUGACAUGAUCGUAAACCAUUUUCCGCCGGGAACACCCAGCGGCGGAUUGAAUUCGGUCAUUCUCGAGCCAGGCCUCGCUUUGCCCUCAAAUUCGUGGACCGCGAGCUCGCCCGGCGGCGUACCCUUGCUGGCUGAGCCAGAGCAAAGUUUGAAGAAGCUCCCGGGCAAUCACAAAGCCCCUCACCUGCUGAUCCGAUCCGGUCUCGGUCUGGAAAUGGUGCAGAACGCUCGCGACGGCGUCGCAGCAUCAACCAGCUCGGCCGAGUGGGUGGCUAGCGCGAAGCUGCCGCAAGAGUUCACGCCAGCCUGUGUGACGUCAGUCGGAGCAGGACAGAAUUUACCCGGAAAAGCAGACGAGAUUUCCAGUGCGACUUCUCACACUAUUAGUGGAUUGGCAAACUGGAACCUCGUACCUAUGGAGCAGCGGGACAGCACCAGCACCACCGCAAUUUCUCCGAUAAACGCGACGCGCCUGAGAUCGGCGCCGUCUUCCCAAGACUUGGUCCCGACCGGCGGAUCUUCCGCGUCUUCGCCGGACCGCGACCUGAAUCAACACAAUACUCGUAGCGGUAACUACCCUACUUCUAAACUAGGCUUCAACUACCAGAUUCCAGUUCCCAAUCAGCGACCAACCACGACGGCGGGGACCGUGCACGGAGGUGGACGCGGCGUGAAUCGCAGCAUAACGUCCGAAAUCGGCCCGCUGGAGCAGGAACCCUCCAUCAUUGUCAAAGAGUUUUCUUUCAUUGACGAGGAGGAGAGCCGGUUGAUGGAACGGCAAGUUGGCGGGAAACCGAAGGCCGCUGGCGGCGCCAGGUGCCCGCUGCGGCACAAACCCGGGACUCCAGCCUCCCCGUCAAAGAAGAUGUCGCCACAGGCGAUGCGGUUCAGCUCGGCCUCCAUUCCAAGUCUCGCACAGGAGCGGCAAAACAACGCUUCCCCUGCGAACAAAAGUUUUGGCGCGCAGCAGCAGCCGCUGCGCACAACGAGUCCGAUGCUCGUGGCUUCUCCGAGUCCUCCGAUAGAAGUUCCCAUGAACAAGAUGCACGGCGAGACAAUGACAAAUUCCGCUAGCAGCUCCACCAUGGUCGAGGCAACCAUUGACAGCGCUGCUGCCGCAUCGUCUUUGGGCGUUUCUGUUUCCUCAAAAGUACUUACUGCGCUGGACGGUGCAACACUGAAUCAUGCCGACCCUACAUCGAAUGCAGGCGGACCUCCUGCUGACACCGUAACAACUGCGCUCGCGUCGCCGCCUUCUGAAAAGAACCACAUUGCCGUGGUGCGCGGGUUGAGGGGUAACAACAAACGAAACCAGGCUCUUCACCAGAAUGGUGCUCUCGGGGAAAAUGAUGUUGGCGGGGGGCUUCUCGUGUCGCCGCUCGGUGGCGGGCCAUCUCCUGUGGGUAUUUCGCUUAAAAAUUCCGGCAUUCAAGCGCGGCCCGCAACAGCGGAGCCGACUGCACCACCCUCUUCGGUGACCAAGAUGCAUCAGGGGCAUCAGCAGAACAACUCCUCUCCAGCAGACUAUGGGGAGCUGGCGACUAGUGCCAAGCCCUCACCAACGGACGCAACGAUGGCAGAAGCAGCUCUGAAUAACAAGCUGGACGACGAGUUCCUGAUCACGAAAAAUUCCUUGGUCCUUGAACCGAUCAGCGGAUUUCACGAGCAGGAGCAGAAUAUUCGGAACGCAGCUACGGGCGGCUUUGGGCACUUGCACAACCAGGCGCGUAACCGCAUGCCGAAGUUUUUGCAGGCGCAGCAAAAUAAAACCCACGGCUCGUCUCUUUUCGGUUCGAACAAGACCAGCACCAACCCGUCGCCGUUGCUACGCCCUAUGACAAGCCCAGGUGUAACAGCCGGCGCUGGAGGUGCCUCGUCACCGCUGCUUGAUAACAAAGGAGGGAGCUACGUGAGCAACAUCGUCAUGGGGGCGAAGUCCACGACUGGUGGGACAGUUGUGGGUACAACUAAAGCGUCCGCGUCGACGACCAAGGCGGCCGCGAGCCCACCAUUGCGGUCCGCAGCUCCCGUUCUGCACACGCCAUUGACGCUCGAAAGCGCGACAUCGCCGCCACCUGAUGCAAAACUUAGUUCAUCAGGCGGCAUCGAUGGAAGUCGCGAGAAUCUUCACGAACAGCAUAUGACAAAAAGCGAGCCGAUGGCCACCAAUGCAAAUGCUCUUCGAAGGCCUUCGGACCCGAGCUCGGGAAGGAGCGAAAAUCUGAAACCAUCCAAAAUGGUUGUGAAUGGUUCAUCAACUGUCGGGUCGUCUACGAUUGCCUCGCCUGUGCUUGACGAGACCACAGACACAACUCUGAAAAAGGCGACGGGGCCCCCGUUCCCUUUGACCAAGCCGGCUGCCCUCUCACCCCUGUUCCCGGCUUCUUGUUCGCAACCGUCACCACAACUACCACUUCCGCACGACAACAAGUUGGCGCCGCUCUCGUCCAAAGACUCGACCGACGCGACGAGUGCCGUAAAGCCUUCGACCCCGAAUGCCGCGAACAGGCACAUGGCGAAGAAGGAUCCCAACCUCGCAUCUUUCCUCCCCGAGCUGCCGUCGGCAAAAACUUCUUCGCCGGGGGCGCCGCAGUCGCCAGUGCAAAUCGACUUUACAACCACGUUUCCCAACAUGCUGCCAGUGGAGGCGUUGAAAUUUGCACCGAAUUAUCCUGCUGGUUCAGCGGAAUCCACACCACAAAUCGACGACGCAGAGCUUCAAGAAGUGGAAAUGGGUUCUUCUUUUUCACGGGCCUUCCCCGCCAGCACAAAGAACCGCGAACGUCCGCCUUCCGCGGGAAUAAACAUGGACUUGUGGGUGAAAAGACGAGUGAUAACGCACGACGGGAAGCACACAACUGAGACCGCCAAGAACAUCAGUAACAUCAAGCCAACUUUUGUCCAUACCCAGAGCCAGAAGUCGUCGAAUUGGAUGAGUCCGCGCGCUAGCACGAUCGCCGCGGAUUCGCCGCUGAUGGAGAAAAUCACGGUAAUUUCCAGUAGCACCGUGAAUGGAAAUGCCGUGGAUCCACAGGAAACAAGUUUUCUGGACGAGGAUGGCACAUCACCCAAAAUGCUUGCGGACAGUAGGCUCGCAGGAGGUACUUCUGGUGGCGGUAUGGUGAACUUCAACGCGCUGGACGGCAGCGACCUGGACUUCGACCUGAAAUUCGGGGAGAGCAGUCCGGUCAAAUUGCCCACCACGAUGGCCGUGAACAUCACCGGUGGGAAAAACGGGGCCGCCGGGGGAAAGCGAGCGGCCUUCGGAGCCGCAGCCGCCUUGGUGGGGGCGGCAACCAAGGUGGCGAAGAAGAAGGCGAAGAGCUCCAAAUCGUCAUCGUCCUCUGGUACGAGCGGAAGCUCGUCAUCGGGUAAGAAAAAGAAAAAAUAAUAGCGGCUGGCGCUUUUCCUACUAACUUUCGUUUUCAGUUUUCUGGUUCUGUUUUGCGGCUUACCAAAUACGAAACAAACAUGCUCAGCCAUUCUGCCGAUAAUUAGCGACUGAUCUUUGCAAAUUUAAAUUUGAAAAAAAAAAGCCGUGGGUUUGUUUCAAGACUCGAUGUUGUGAUGGCUUAUGCUUGCUUUCAAUGCAGCACUCUGCCACUGCCGCCUAUAUUCUCCAUUGCCGUAGUAGUUAGGAUCUCUUUUCAUGGAUUUCCUUUAUUUGACAUCGGUAGAAUUCAGUAGAUUGAAGCAAUUUUUUUCUCUCCACAGUGACAGUUGUAUUCGAUUUCGGAGGUUCUUUAUCUGGUACUCGAUUUCGGAGUCGUUCUCGUUUUACUUGGAUCGCUUUUUUCUAGCUUAAGUUCUUCAGAAAAAGUUUCUGUGUUUCUUUCGUCUUUUUCUUUGAAGAGGUCAAUGAGAAUUUUAUAUAUAUGAAGCUGCUCGCAGGCAUUGGCAUGUGCAUGUCCAUGUGCAUAAUGUUGCAGGAGUUUCUUGUGAUACAAUACCGUUUGCUACAGUGCGUAGCACUUCUGUGUGCGUGAUAAACUUCUAUGAACUUGUUUCUGUUUCGCUUUCGGAGCUCGAUAUUGGAUUUUUGGUUGUGCGAACCAAUUUUUCAACGCCAUCAUGCUAAAUUGAGUCGCAGACUCACCACGUGCACGUGGACGAGCAGUCGGGGAAUGUGCUGCUUCGACACCGGUACGUUGUCCAGCAACGUCGCUUGCGUUAUCUUCAGUGGGAGGGAAAACAAGAAAUAACCUAUACCGUCAUGAUCUGUGCAGUGGUCUUCAUCUUUUAGAAGGUCCGCG